GGGAGGGCCAAUGGCAGGAGGCUCCGCUCCGCGCGGCCCCUUCCCGCCGGGCGCACUGAGGCGGCUUCCGGCCGGGACUGAGGCGGGGGCGGCGCUGUGGGGCGGUGCUGGGGGGCUCGGCCUUGGGGAGCGGAAUUCUUGGCCUUGAACUACUAACAUCAUUGCUACCUAAGAUGCAUCCAGAUCUGUCUCCUCAUCUGCACACUGAAGAAUGUAACCUAGUUAUCAGUCUGCUCAAGAAAUGUCACAAGGAGCACAACAUUUUGAAAUUUUUUGGAUAUUGCAAUGAUAUUGACCGUGAGAUGCGGAAGUGCCUAAAGAAAGAGUAUGAAGCAAACAGGGUCAAGAACCAGGAGACACGACGGAGAAUAAUUAAUGCUCAUAAAAAUGCUGAGAAGUGAGCUGCACUGUAGCUGGACAGCUGCAUCUUGAUAGUGACACUCAUGUGAAAGUCGACAGAAUAUUUCUUUCAGAUCACCACUGUUGAACCUAUUGUUUGUGACAUGAUGGAAAAAUAAAUGUACUUAAACCAUACUUAUUUCUACAAAGUCAAACUGAAUGUGGAAAAAAAAAUGGAAAUAAUAAAUGAUCACCCGUAAGUUAAUUUUUGACCUCGAAAAGGAAAAUAUUGUGGCAAUUCUUCGUUCUGGCAUGGUUUUGUUACGACUGUGAAGUAAUGAUGAAUCAGUGUGUGUAGAGUAUUAUGUAUUCAGAGCUGCAUGUAUUCCCAACCUUGUGUUGAGUUGCAUUUAUUCCUUCAUGUUUAGCAGUUUUUCCUUUUUUUCCUGCAAAACAUUGAAUGACUUUUCAUUCACUCCUUGUAAUGUUGUGAUAACACUGCUUAAAUGAAUUAUUAAAAGUAGAUUUUUAAAGCAACAUGGCUUGAAAUUGGCAGUGGCCUAUCAAGCAAUAAGUGGAGUUCUGGUAUUUUUAUUGGAACCCAAAUCAUGAAGUGACCAUCUUCUGUUGAGAACACUAAAAUGUCUUUAGAAACUCUGAAUGAACAUUUUUCAGGGGUUUACAGAGCAUUGCCUUGAUUUUAUACUGAGUGUAAUCAGUGUAUGCUGAGUAAUUCUGAAGAGGAACACUGCCAAAAAUACAAGCUACAUUGUUCUUCCACAUAAGCUGGUACUAAAGGGGAAGUCAAGUAAUGUGCAGCAUGUUCUAGGUGAUACUGCUUGGCAGGAGCGUUGGAUUAGAUGAUCUUCAGAGGUCUCUUCCAACCUCAGCCAUUGCAGUUGUGGAGCUGCUUUUCUGUGUAUCUGCUUAUUUUUAAAUGACUUCUGUUUGGCCUAGCCAAGAAAAAAAAACUAUUAAAAAGUUGGAUUUAUUGAGCUAAAUAUAAGUGUCUUGAACCCUUUUGAAGAAAGAGUGCCUAUUCUCCAAUCAAUUCCACAGUUUGUUAUCAGAAUCAUUGUUGAUACACAGUUAUUCAUGCAUCUGUUUUUUUUGAACAAAGCUGUAUUUUCUUCUAUUUUGAAAAAUUAAUUAGAAGAAUUUUACUUAUCUUUCAAUGCCUAGAUCGAUCUGGUUAAAUUGGUGAAAACUUGACCACAACUGUAUCCUUGUGGAAAGUAAGAGAGAGUUCCAAGAAAAACUGAAAUAACUCUUGCUGCAUGUUUUGAUGUGCUCUCUGUGUUCUUAGAACAAGUAAACGAUGCAUUAUGUGAAUUAAAUACCUGAGUGGUUGGAA